AUGGCGCCACUCCGGCUCGCGGAUCGACCUGUCCAGCUAAGACACGCCUACGAAGAGGAAGAAGAGCUUGGGCUGUCCAACGAGGAUAUCAGCGACGAGGCACAAUCGGAUGGAGGGAACUCGGUUGGAAGCGACUCGCAGUCAGAGGGCGAGGACACAGCUCCCUCAUCCGGCGCGGACGAAGACGACGAUGAGAAGGCAGAAGAUGAACAAACCUCGUUGGCAGAUAUAAGUUUUGGUGCACUCGCAAAAGCACAAGAGACAUUCAACCCCAAGCCUCGAAAACGGAAGCUUGGCGAGACUCGAGAAGAGCCCGCGGCACCCGAUGACGGCCGAGACGGAGGCGAGACAUUUGACACCCGCAGGCGAGCAAAGGAAGCACGGCUCGACGCUCCAAAGCGAACAUCCAAGCAUGCGCCGACCAUCGAGUCCGCGCGAAAACCCGUCUCCCGCAAAAGAACGAUAUUCGAGCCUCCACCGUCGGCGAAGUCGCGAGACCCUCGUUUCGAUCCCACUGUCAUGUCUAGCAACCGCGCUCCCAGCGCCGCGGAGAAAGCCAACAAGAACUACUCUUUCCUGUCGCAGUACCAAGCGGAAGAGAUAUUGCAAGUGAAAACCCAGAUCAAGAAGGCCAAGGACCCCGAUGUAGUCGAGGAUCUCAAACGACAAGUCAUGUCGAUGGAGUCGAAGGUGCGGAGUGCGCAGAGCAGACAGCGAGAAGCCGAGAUCCGGAAGAAACACAAGGAGAAGGAAAAGGAGGCGCUCCGGUCGGGCCAGAAAUCAAAGCCCUACUUCUUGAAGGAAGCAGACGUCAAGAGACUCGCCAAACAAGAACGAUUCGAGAGCAUGGGCAAGAAAGUCCGUGACAAGGCUGAGAAGAGACGCCUGAAGAGGGAGAAGGGUAAAGAAGCCCGAGACAUGCCGAAAGUGAGACGAGAACGGUAG